AUGCGCAUCCAACUCAUGCAUCCACCCGGCGAGUGCUGCAGCUUUCGUGCGGUACACCAGGUCGAGAACUUCACAGUCAUACACACCAAUGGAGUUCAUCAGAUCCCUGUGGACUUCUGCGGUUGCGAGAGGGGCGCAAAGGUGCCAUACCACAUCCAACUUAUGCGCCUACGUCUUUGGCCUGCGACUUGCGUCGAUCCAGAGACUGCCACUACGCUUGAAGCACUGGACCAAUUCACGCGCAUCUCACUGAUUGGACGCUUGAAUGUGUACGAUUACUACAGAGCGCUGGAAGCUGCGACCGACGGCGCCGGUCUCCGUGGAAUCGCCAACGUCCGUCAGCAGCUUACCUUAUGUGUACGCCAGUUUCGGCAUGUUUUCAUGUUUAAGCGCUCUGGUCGCGGGCACGAACCGGGCGGAAUUGCAGCGACGCCUCCGGGUGCUUGCGCGCUGCGCUGCCCGGCGUGUCCGAACUUUGAUCUUAACGUGCCGUUGGACUGGGCUACAAGUCCCUUCCGUUGGCUGUACCGGGUAAUCUUGUCAAUGGACGCUAACUUCCGACUGAAUAAUAAAUCCGCUAGGAAGACGGAUCGCGAUCCCAACCUUACAGACGGCCGCGCGUACAUGGCUCCGCCGAAGGAGUACGACAACUACAUCAAAAAGACUGAGGGUCAGGACUCGGCGGAACCUCCAUGCGACUGCUCUCGCUUUGGCGCUUUGGUGUUGGCAAACAAGAAGGGCGGGACAGGCAUGCGGACUACGGGCAUAGCCGGGUGCUUCUGUGCCCGCCAUGAGUUCGUGCAACCUCUGGGUUUAGCUACGCUGAGCAAGGGAGAGCGGUACAGCACAAUGGAUUGGGUGUUUUGCGGCGCACUCUCAUUCCUGCGCUGCGCGGAAGUCACUGCCUGCUACGAUAUCGCCUGCCAGUGGAGCAAGCGACUUGCUGUGCGCAUGCGUAAGAUGAAACCGACCUGGGUCGUAUCCACGGGAGCUGCGCAAUUCUUGAAGCAUCACGUCAACAAAACGAUAACCUACGCCGUUCCGAAGUUCCACCUAUACGCCCACAAGAUGUUCUGUCAGCUACGAUACUCGCUUGGCUUGCUACUCGGCACUGGUGCCACAGAUGGAGAGGGUUGUGAGCGUAUCUGGGCCGGCGCGAAUCCUGCGGCAUCUAGCCUGCGCGAAAUGGGGCCAGGAGGUAUGAGCGACACCAUGGACGACAUGUGUAGCGCAUGGAAUUGGAUGAAAACACGCGGAAUAGCCGACCUACUUUGCGAACGCAUGGAGCGCGCGCUCGAUAACGGGUCAAAGCAGACGGCAAUCUUCACAGAAUUUACAGGAGCGAUCGAGGCGGAGGAUGCCUCGAAAGUGGCCCAAGCACGAACGGCUAUCAGAACCUGGGAGCAGGACUCGGAGAAGAAGGAAGGCACAUCGUGUCCGUACUACGUCGAGACAGAUGAUAUGGACGCGCAGCUAGACCAAGCCCAAGGCCUCACGUUCAAUACCUCUGUGCUAUUAGAUGUCGAAGAGGAACGCUCGUUGCUACAUUUCAUCCGAUACGGAUUCAGGAUAGAACAAGAUAGGGAGCGCUUCUCUUCAAAGCACAAGACUACCGGAGGGACCACCGACCAGGUCAAAGCUAGAUCGCAAGCCCUGAAAGCCAUGCUGACAUCUGUUCUGCGCUUCCGAAAGGAGCAAGAGCAUCACAUGCCUGCAGUCUAUGCCGCCUUGACAUUGGACGAGCGUGACCCGGAUUGUCAGGAGGCGCUGACCGUCAAAUUGUACUUACCGUCGGACUCGUCUGACCAGGACAGCAGUCUAGGUACAGCAGUGGCUCGCACGAUGGAGGCCAAAUUGAGGUGGGCUGGGAUGGCGGAUGAGCUUCACAACUUACGACAUCAACUGCGCUUGAAGGGCUGCAUCAACAAGUUCAAGCUCGCGAAUAUCACAGGCCAACGCGACAAUACGCGCGCUCGCGAGGCACAGGACGGUGUUUAUGAUAACAUUCAGAAGGCGGCGAACGCAUACCGACGGCAUCGCAAGGCAUACCUCACUUUGGUUGGACCCGGGAAGGGCGGUUGGGAAGAUACGAUGCGUGAGCUGAAGGACAUUGAUUGUCGUGGUCUGGGCGACCGCUUGCUUGAACAGAUAGACAAGAUGUCGGAAGACAAUAUCAGGAAGUUUCUGGCAGGAAGGCGGGGCACGGCGUCGUCUGGGGAGACGAAGUACGAACUGCCGUGGAUCUGGUACAAUAACACCGCGGAGUCAGGACUUGAGAUCACCGACGAACUCAUGGUAGAGUGGUGCAAAAGCCGCGCUCGAGCCCAGCAUUGGGUACAGGAAGUUCGGCUUCUGGAUGAAGAGAUGCGGCGUGUAAUCGAGUUCAGCGAGAAUAUGGCGAAGGUCUGGGACGCUCGCCGCGAGCCGGAGGAGCGGAUGGACUUCGGCGAAGAGCAUGCUUAUGCAUCUGAUCAGGGUUGGGCAGAUGGCGCCCGGGCCUAUGCUUGCAAGCAGGCAUGGGUUCGUCGUUCUCAAGCCUCGAAUUGGCGCGCGCAGUUCGCUGAACUCCGAACAUCCGCCCGAUACUUCCUUUCGCUGCACACAUCGGAGGGUUUCUCUGUUGGCUCGCUUGAUGCGCAGGCUGCAGCCGAGGCGCCAUUGCUCAGUGCGAGCGUGCGACAAGGCGACGAGACCGAGCUGGAGAGUGUUAGCCAGGGUACAGCUCGUACCCAGGGGUCAUCCAGUCAAAUUCGCAAAAGGCGGGUGGUCAAGGAGUGGUGGCGCCGAUCCAGAUACCGGUAG